UGCGGCCGCAAGACCAGGAGUGGAGCAGCCUUCGCCUAAACUGCAUUAUGUGGUCCCAGAAACAGUGACGCGCAAAUAAGUCGAUUCACAUCAACUUUCACUUGAGUCACUCGUUUGCCAAGCUGGUCGCGUUUUUAUUAAGCGCAUUUAAUAGUUUGUCCCUCGUCGCUCUCCGUUUGUCUUUACGUGGCAGUAACAGGACUGAUCCGCGUUUCUUUUCCUCUACCACGGACCAAAACUCCACCUCCGUACGUCGGUGCCUGGAAGCUUUCUGGGCGCUUGGGGUCUGUGCGUCUCCGCUUUGGUUUCCUGUCUGUUGUGUUAAACCAAGAAAGCAGUUGAUUAAAAUUGUGUACACGCAGGAAGACAACGAUGUUUACCCUUUCGGAGAUAAUUGCCCUUCUAGCCGUCUUCUCCGCCACUGCUUCUGGCUACUUCGUCAGCAUAGAUGCUCACGCCGAGGAGUGUUUCUUUGAACGGGUCAACUCGGGGACCAAGAUGGGCCUGAUGUUUGAGGUGGCCGAAGGAGGGUUCCUGGAUAUCGACGUGGAGAUCACGGGUCCGGAUGGGAAGCAGAUCUAUAAAGGGGACCGUGAGUCCAGCGGGAAGUACUCUGUGGCUGCACACAUGGACGGCAUCUACAAGUUCUGCUUCAGCAACAAGAUGUCCACGAUGACCCCGAAGAUCGUCAUGUUCACCAUCGACAUCGGCGAGGCGCCCAAGGGCCAGGACAUGGAGACGGAAGGUGGCGGUGACAACUGGGAUGCCCACCAGAACAAGCUGGAGGAGAUGAUAAAUGAGCUGGCGGUUGCCAUGACGGCGGUCAAACACGAGCAGGAGUACAUGGAGGUGCGGGAGAGGAUACACAGAGCGAUCAACGACAACACCAACAGCCGAGUGGUGCUGUGGUCUUUCUUCGAGGCUCUGGUUCUGGUAGCCAUGACGCUGGGACAGAUCUACUACCUGAAGAGGUUUUUUGAAGUGCGGAGAGUGGUCUAGAACGGCUCCUUCCGCUCCCCCAAAGCGUCUCACCAUCAACAGUACCACAACCGUUAGCCGCCACCGUUAGCACACCGCUCCCUGCAGGAUGGACGGUCCCUCGUCAUCCCCCGCCGAGGAGCCUCCGAAACGCCGUCCGCUGUACUCUCUCACACUUUCACCUUCUGCUUUUCCUGUUUUUUUUCUUUCUUUUUUUUCCUUUUUCUUCGUUUUUUUUUUUGGUCUAAUUAUUGGCGUAGCUGUUAUCAUUGUACAUUUUUUGCCUUUAAAAUGAGAAAAAAACUACUUAAUUUGAGGCCACGGUUAUUUUAGUUUUUGGGGUUGUCAAGCUUGCGGAUACUCGUAAUUUAUUUAACUUUUACUCUUUUGGGAGGUUUAUGUUUAUUCAAUCCAGUCGGUACAGACUUGAAACGACAGAGUGAGCUCUGUCUGCGUGUAAUCCGACGCCCAUUGCCCGGCCUCUAGGAGCGGGCGCCGGCCCUGCUGUACAUGUGCCUGCGAUCGGCAAACUGGGCGUAAAAUGUUUUGAAAUUAAAAUGCCAUUUUGUCAAUUUCGAGCGUAUUUUGAUUGCUGGUGAUGAUUAAAAACUUGCGCACAUUUCACCCCAGACGGUAACAGCAGUGCUCGUCCGAUAUGCCUGAUCAUCGUGUGUCCGAUAUGCCUGGUCAUCGUGUGUCCGAUAUGCCUGGUCAUCGUGUGUCGAUGUUGCCCCCGUGUGUGAUGCUGCCCCAGACCUUCCGGGACGGACGUUUUCUCAACUCCAGUGCGUGCAGCUCUGUUCGGGUCGUCCUGGGAAUUGUGUCCUUUUUCUGCACAUCCGAGGCACAUAAUUUCGGAAUGUUUCUGUUCAGUGGGAGGAAACUUCCUUUUACUAAUGGUGGGGUGAGGUCAGGAUUCGGGAGGGGACAGAUGGUGUUGUGUUUGUUGUAAAAUAGUUGCUUGUACUUUUAUCGUUUAAUUGAAUUGAGGGGGUGGGCAUUAUCUGUUCGCAGGACUAUUUUGUACAUUUAAUUUCCUGGUCAUAAUAACUAUCCAUUAUCAGGCAAAAUGUUUGUCACUUGGGAACUUGAGGCUCUCAAGAGUCCUCCGGACUGAGACGACCGGACCGGACCGGACCGGACCACUGCCAUCUGGGAAAAUCUGUGCGACACGGGACGGCUCAGGCAACACUGUAAAGCUGAAGUUAUAAAGGCGGAUUUGUCAGAUAUGUUUCAGGUUCAGUCAAUAAUAAACACAACAUUCUUAAAAA